GUGGAUGUUAUCGGGAAAUCAAGAAGACAUUUACUUGUGCAUGCCAGCCAUGGUCGUCUAGCGACAUUUGUAAUGCGUCCUGUGAGAACUGUAGUCGUUGCCGUCCGAUUAACAACCAAGGAGAUCAAAACCGGAAGCCGGAUGCAAAGUUACUUUGAUCUUAAUGGAGUGCCGCUUUGAAAAACAUGCAUCUUGACGGUUUUCUUAAAGUUCAGUUAAAGAUGCUGUAUCCUUUAUUUUGACAAGUUCGAUCACCCGAGGCUCGAGACGCGGACUUCGCCAUGUCCGGACGAGGCAGGCGGCGCGCGGCGAGCAGCAAGUCAAACCAGCCCUCCGGCAGCAAGGCCAAGCAGCAGGGGUCGACGUCCGUCCAGGCCACCGUCAUGGCGUCGGAGCUGCAGCUUGCGGAGAGACGCGUCGAAUCGACGGAGACGACACUGGAAGCAGCGCGCGUCAGGCAGGAGGGAGUCGAGGUGGCCCUGGAGGCGGCCAAGAAGGACGUCAAGCUCGCCGAGAUCAACGCAGAGCACGCCAAGAUGAACCUGGAGCUGGUAAAGCUUCAACAGGCCCACGCUUCCUGCGAGGGUGCUGCCUCGACCGAAGCCGGUCCGUCCACCAAAAAACCGCGCACGUCUUCACCGGAAGCACCACCAGCAGCAGCAGCAACAACACAACCUCCGCAGCAGCAGGGCCUCGGCGAGGUGGAGCAGGCCCAGCAAGACCUAGAGGCCGCGCGGAGCCGACUGCAGCAGUUGUCGGAGAAGGUCGCGGAGCAGCGGAAGCGGCAGCAGGAGACGGCGCGCCAGCUGGGCGACCUGAGGAGUGCUCACCGCGACUGCAAGGUGGCUGCGGGCGGCGAGGUGAAGGAGGUGAAGAUGCUGCGCUGCACCUCCAAGACGCUCCUCGACAAGGCCAAGCGGAAGGCGUUCCUGUCCGCCCUCACCACGGCGCCCUCCAUCAAGUCUCUCUCGCUGGACCUGGUUGCGAAGGGCAACAAGCCGCUGCCCAAGUCGGUGCUGCAGACGCUGCCCAGGGCGCCCGCCAGGAUCAAGCAGCUCUUGUUGACCUUCGGCCGGCACAGCGAGGAGGCCGUGCUGGCGCUGCUGCAGCGCUCCAAGGACCACCUGGAGGAGCUGUACCUCAACAGCGGCUUCGCGACGGACGACAACAUCCGGCGCUUCUGGGGCAUCGUCCAGGACUCGAACAUCGCGGUGCUGAGCCUGAUUUCGGAUUCCUUCCUGCGGGACGUGGGCUUCCCGUUUCAGGCGGAGAAGUUACGCCACGUGCGCAGUCUGUCAGUCUCAGGCUACUACGUAUCUUCUUUCGGGAGCGACAAACACAAGAAGAACGUGCUGGUGCCUCUGCUCCGGGUCCUGGGCAGUGCGGCCAGCCUGCGCAAGUUCGUUCUUCCCUGGGCCUUUGCUGAGCAGGAGCGGGGGGAUGUCUUCGCCGCGCUGGCUCAGUGCAGCGAGCUGGAGGAGGUGUACACGCCCUGCUACAAGGAGCUGGCCCUACUGCGGGGCUGCGUCAAGCUCAGGAAACUCGCGGUGCACCGCAUCAACAGAAUGGACUACCCCAAAAGUGAAGCAGUCGAGGAGAUUCAGGCUGCCGCCGAGUUCUUGAAGUUGCCUUCCACCGUGGACCGAUUAGAGAGCCUUUCCAUCGAAUAUUUUCAGUUAGGCAAAGAGACAGUCCUCCCCAUCUUCCGCGCCGUCCGAGGUUUGAAGAAGUUGAAGAGCCUCUCGCUGAAGGUGUUCCAGGAAUUCCCUGAGAUGACAGCCACCCUGAAGGCGCUCCCACUCCUUGAGGAACUCCGCCUGAUUCAGGGGACUUACAUGUACCCGAAGGCACUUCGCACAAUCACGCCGGAGCUGGUGCCGAAUUUGAAGCUCCUCGAGUUGGACACACACGCGCUUGAAGUGGACGAGGAAUUGGAGGCGUGGAAGGAAGAAGUGUACUCGGUGGAAUCCGACUUUAGGCAUCGGAACGGGAGUUUCAAACUGAUCGAUCAUACCAGCUUCUCCCCACCUCACAGCUCCUUUUCGGACGAGUCGGGUGGUUACAAGGUUUGCACAUGUGCCGCCCAGGAUGGGUCCUACGACUCCAAUGGAUCUCCUAUCAAAUGCACGUGCGGACUCUCGUCUGAUAAUGAUACUCCUUAGUGACUUGAUUUAUUGUUCGUGCUGAUUGGAAACUUCUCUGAGGAACAUUUUCAUUUAUGUCCGAUUUUUAAGUGUUGACGAAAUUUGAGAACUUGAUUGUUGCACAUCUAAUGAUGAAGAUAAUUUUUAUUUUUUCGAUCUGUAUUGGGUAGAAAUCUUGUCCAGCGAAGGGUUCGUGUGUUUCCCGACCAAGAGUAAGCUACGCGAUGUAGGUAAAUUGAAAGCUAUCUGAUUAUACUGACCAAUUUCUGCCUCAUUGUAGUGUCGUGAAUGAAGUUUUCGGACAUGAUCGGCACAUGAACCUACCUAAAUGUAGAGUACGUAUUUGCUAUGUACCUUUGUGAUGAAUUCGUGCCACCAAGACACAUUUUGUUUUCCGCUGUGUGUUCUUCUUGCCUUGAAUAAUAUUCUUAGUCGAACCACUCUGUGUAUGGUGAAGUCUACUUUAUUGUGUCGAACAAGUUACAGUACUUGAUUUUGUGUACAUGGCCCCCUGUAGGGCCGGUAUUCAAUAGUAUCACUUUCUUGUUUGAUGAUAUCUCUGUUGGUUUUAGUGUUAGAAAGACAGACUAACACAAUAUUUCUGUUUUAUAUGAUCUGUUAUUUCGAAUCAAUACAAAAAGCUGUUUGAAACAU